AUGAGGCAGUGUGAGCUGAGGAAUGUCAACAUCCUGUCUAUUACAGAACUUACACGUUUUCAGUUCUACUUUUUUCCUUAUGAAGAAGAGUUUCUCUUUGCAAAGUGCCUACAGAAUCUGCUCGGCUACUACAACCAGAGCGCGGACGCUUCUCACAUCAUCCAGAGCAUGUAUGGCUGCGACGUGAGCGCAGACGGACGUCUCCUCCGCGGGUACCGUCAGGACGCCUACGAUGGCCAGGACUACAUCGCCCUGAACGAGGACUUGAGCUCCUGGACCGCGGCGGACAUGGCGGCUCAGAUCACCAGGCGAAAGUGGGAGGAGGCCGGUGUGGCAGAGCGCCACAGGGCCUACCUGGAGCACACGUGCGUGGAGUGGCUGCGCAGAUACCUGGAACACGGCAAGGAGACGCUGCAGCGCACAGAUCCCCCAAAGGCACACAUCACCCUCCACCCCACCUCUGAACAUAAGAUGACCCUGAGGUGCUGGGCGCUGGGCUUCUACCCUGCGGAGAUCACCCUGACCUGGCUGCGGGAUGGAGAGGAACAGACCCAGGAAAUGGAGCUGGUGGAGACCAGGCCUGCAGGAGAUGGAAGCUUCCAGAAGUGGGCAGCUGUGGUGGUGCCUUCUGGGGAGGAACAGAGAUACACAUGCCAUGUGCAGCAUGAGGGGCUGCCUGAGCCC